AUGGGGAGCGGGAAAAAGUAUAAUUUUACUUUUUUCAUUUUAAUUUUAUUUGCUAUUAUAUUGCUGGUCAACAAUGUUGAAGCCAAAGAAAAGAGAAAGAAAAAAAUUCAUCCCUCUAGAAUCCAUCUUGUAAAACCUCAAGCUCAACAACCGCCAAUAGGGAAUGAACCGCCACCACCACCACAACCUCCGAGAGGUAACGAAGCUCCAAAUCCAAAUUACGAAGAAUAUGAUUAUGGAGUUGAUUAUGAUUAUGAUUACGAUGAAAAUAAAACAGGACCUCAACCUGGAGCUCCAAAUGGGAAAAAUUUAAGAAUUAAUUUGCUUAAUGCAACAACACCUCCUCCAGUAACUACUCCUCCAUUACCAACUGAGGCUCCUGAUAAAGAAUGUAUUGUUGAUGGACAAGUGAGAUUUCACAACGAAGUAUGGAAAUCUGACGAAUGUACUACUUGUCGUUGUGAUAAUGGUUUGGUAAACAUUCCUUGCUCUGGAACUAAAUACACACCCUACGGAGAAUGUUGUCCUGUUUGUAUUCCAUCAGAACCGGUAACUCCAACUCCGGAAGUUAAUAGACCGACUUAUCCGUAUGAAGGAGAUGCUGGAGCUUUUGCUGGACCAAGAGGAGAAACUGGACCACCCGGAGAAAGAGGUCGACCGGGAGCAAUUGGAAUGCCGGGUGCACCCGGUACUCCCGGAGUUCCUGGAAUACCAGGACCCCCAGGACCUUCACCAGAUCUCUCGAAUUUUUACGCACAAUUGGCUAUGUCUCAAUCAGGAGGUGAUAAAGGACCCAAUGACGUAUUAGGUAGACUUCCGUUUCCUCAAGAACCAUUUUCAUAUCUUCAAUCUCAAGUUGGCCCACCGGGACCAAGAGGACCUCCAGGACCUCCCGGUCCACCCGGACCUCAAGGUUUUCAAGGUGUAAGAGGUGAACCCAGUGAAUCUGGACCACCAGGACCACCAGGACCCCCUGGACCAAGAGGUUUACCCGGUCUUCCCGGAAAAGAUGGUUCACCUGGAGAAGAUGGAGAGCCUGGUAUGGCAGGAGCAGCAGGUCCUCCAGGUUCUAGAGGUCUUCCCGGAAUGCCAGGAUUGCCCGGUAUAAAAGGACACAGAGGUUUCCCAGGUUUAGACGGUGCCAAAGGAGAACAAGGACCCGGUGGAGAAAAAGGAAGUCAAGGAUCGGCUGGUCCAGUAGGACCCGUCGGACCAAUGGGACCAACUGGACCCAGAGGUGAACGUGGCCGAGAAGGUCCACCAGGACCACCAGGUUUAAGAGGAAUUGACGGUAUUGCUGGGCCUCCAGGACAACCAGGUGCAAUUGGUAAACCAGGAGCUCCAGGUUUUCCAGGAAAUCCAGGAAAUAAAGGAGAUCAAGGAGCAACAGGACCCAAAGGUUCUCAAGGAUUACAAGGACCACGAGGAGAAUCAGGAAGACCAGGACAACCUGGAGAAAACGGUCAACCAGGUCCAAGUGGAAAAGACGGAAGCCAAGGAGAAAAAGGAAGCCCCGGUGCUGCUGGUCUUCCUGGACCACCAGGAUUUCCAGGUGCAAGAGGAGCUCCAGGAUUAUCUGGUAGCCCUGGACAACCUGGAGUAAAAGGCGCUCCCGGAAUGCCUGGUGAAAGAGGACUUAAAGGAGAACAAGGAAUGAAAGGUGAAGCUGGAUCACCAGGGCCUAGAGGUAUUCCUGGUACUUCCGGUUCUGAAGGAAAACGUGGUAAAAGAGGUUUAAGAGGACCUACAGGUUUAGCUGGAACUCAAGGAGAAAGAGGAACACCUGGACCACGAGGAUUGCCUGGACCUGAUGGAGCUAUUGGACCAAAAGGACAAAGUGGUGACCGUGGACCUCCCGGUCCGCAGGGACCCAAAGGUAACACUGGUGAACCAGGAAGACCUGGACCACCCGGACUUCAAGGUUUAAGAGGAUUAGUUGGACGUCCUGGGCCUGCCGGUAAAACUGGUCCACCAGGAGAUAGAGGUAUCGAAGGAGCUGAUGGAAAACCCGGUGAACAAGGACCCCAAGGUAUUCAAGGUUUACCAGGACCUAUUGGUUUGCCCGGAGAAAAAGGAUUAACUGGUGAACCCGGUAAAGAUGGAGAACCUGGACCACAAGGGCCAGUUGGACCAAGAGGAGAUGCUGGUAAAGACGGUUCCCCUGGAGCUCAAGGACCACAAGGACCGCCGGGAGCUCCUGGAGAGAGAGGAGCUAGUGGACCACCAGGAUCAACUGGAUUCCAAGGUUUACCAGGAGCCCCAGGUACUCCUGGAACACCAGGAAAAGAUGGAGAAAUGGGUUUACAAGGACCUCCUGGACCCAUAGGUGCACCCGGUAACAGAGGAGAAAGAGGAUUUCCCGGAGAACGAGGAUCGGUAGGUCCACAAGGUAGUCCUGGUGCCAGAGGUGAAACCGGAGCACAAGGAGUAGACGGACUUCCAGGAUUACCCGGAGAAAAAGGAUCUAAAGGACACGUGGGACCACCCGGACUUGUGGGUUUGCCAGGAGGCAGAGGUCUUCCAGGACAACCAGGAGAAAAAGGAGAACGUGGAUCAUCUGGACCAAUAGGACCUGAAGGACCAUCUGGAAGACAAGGAGAUCGAGGACCUCAAGGACCACUUGGACCUCCGGGACCACCUGGAGAACCCGCUGAAAGAGGAGAUCCUGGUCCACCAGGACUUCCCGGAGAACCUGGAGCCGCUGGAACUCCAGGAGAAAGAGGACCUGUUGGUCAACAGGGUAUUCAAGGAUUCCCCGGAUUACAAGGACCAGCUGGAAGUCCAGGAGCCAAGGGAGAAAGAGGAUCAAACGGAGCUAAAGGAGAACAAGGAAGUCCCGGUCUUGCAGGUAAGCCUGGAGAUCCCGGUGUAGCAGGAUUAACAGGAUUACCAGGACCAAAAGGAAUUAGAGGAGAACCCGGACCAAGAGGAGAAGUUGGUUUGAUGGGACCAAUGGGAAGACCCGGAGAACCUGGAACUGCUGGUCAUACAGGACCACCAGGUCCAGCUGGUGCCCCUGGUAUUCCUGGAAGUAAAGGUUCAUCUGGUGACACCGGAAGACCGGGAGCUCCAGGACCCAUUGGACACCCUGGUGCUCCAGGACCUGAAGGCUCUAAAGGAGAACAAGGACAACAAGGAAGCCCUGGAUUAAUAGGACAGCCAGGACCCCAAGGACCUCCGGGAGAUAGAGGAUUGCCAGGAUUGCCGGGAGCAGCAGGUGCCCCAGGUAGCAGAGGAGUUAGAGGAGCGCCGGGUGAAUCAGGAUUGCCAGGAAAACCAGGUAAUGAAGGACAACAAGGACCACAAGGUAUAGCAGGGCCACCUGGUCCUCCUGGAGCUCCAGGAGAACAAGGUGUUGAAGGACAUGCUGGAAAACCAGGACCUCCAGGUAUAGCAGGUCGUACAGGAGACAAAGGACCGGUUGGGCCAGCAGGGCCUAUGGGUCCACCAGGUGCACCUGGUCAACAAGGAUCCCCUGGUUUAGUUGGAGCCCCAGGACCAGCAGGUGAAAGAGGACCUAGAGGAGAAGUUGGACCUCAAGGAGCAGAUGGGCCCGUGGGUCCACGUGGUAGCCCAGGAGUUCCUGGAGAACAAGGAGUUAAAGGAGAUCAAGGAUCAGAAGGUCCUAAAGGUUCCAAGGGUCAUCGAGGUUUGAUUGGUUUGCAAGGUCUUCCAGGUCCGCAAGGUCCACCAGGAGAAAAAGGUUUGACAGGAAGUCCCGGAUUCCCAGGAAAAGAUGGAGAAGUAGGUCCCAAAGGACCUCCUGGAAGAGAUGGAAACCCAGGAAUUGCCGGAUUGCAAGGACCUCCUGGAGUAAGAGGUGCUCCUGGAGAUGAAGGUAAAUCUGGACCUCCUGGCCCACCUGGACCUCCAGGACCGCCAGGACCACCCGGAGACUCAUUAGCAUACGACGCAGCCACUUUGGCAGCAUUAAUGGGACAACAAGGCUCUCAAGUUAAGGGACCUGAUCCUUUGAGCGGAGACGAACCACCAAGAAUGUUCGGUGACAUUUCCGAUGAAGAGAGAAGAAACUUGGUUUUGAAAGCUUAUGAACACUUAAAAACAACAUUUGAAAGGUUUAAAAAACCAGACGGCAAAAAGAAUUAUCCAGGUAAAACGUGUCGAGACAUUUUGGCUGCUUAUCCUGAUUCACCAUCUGGCGAAUACUGGGUAGAUCCUAAUGAAGGAGACAUAAAAGAUGCUGUUUUGGUCCAUUGUGAUAUGGAAAAGAAAGCCACUUGCAUUCUUCCGAGUCCAUCUAAAUCAGACGAAAUCAAAUCUUAUGGUGAAAAACCAGAAAACUGGUUGGGAGACAUGGAAGGCGGUAUUAAAAUGAAUUACAAAGCGGACAGUAAUCAAAUGGGAUUCCUUCAAUUACUUUCCACCGGUGCCGUUCAAAAUAUAACAUACCAUUGUAAAAAUUCAGUGGCUUCAUUCGAUGCACAGGGUAAAACAUUUAGAAAAGGAAUAAAACUUUUAGGAUGGAACGAUGCCGAAAUAUUACCCAAAUCCGGUAACCACAGAUUACAAUACGAAACUAUUGAAGACACGUGCAGGUUUAAGAAACCGGAUUGGGCCAAAACCGUCAUUUCGUAUAAAACGGAUAAAGCUAUUCGACUUCCCAUCGUCGAUAUCGCCAUUCGAGAUAUCGGAGGUCCGGAUAAAUCAUUUUGGGUGGAAAUCGGUCCAGUUUGUUUUCAACACAAUUAA